AUCCUUCUUGGUUUAUUCACAGCCAUCUGUUGCAAACUUCAUACGAAAAGUCUUACCAUAUUCGCCUAUUUCAGACAGAUCAUCAUGAAUAUCGACUACUAUGGACGCAUCGCGGAGAACCUCCAAUUCGACAACAUUCCGGUUAUGAUCGCGACCAACGCAUGCUUCGCCAUCGGCUUUCUACAAUACACCUACGCCAUAAGACUUCUUGUGCGCGAAGGCCAAGGCCCCAUACCCUUCUGGAUGCAAACCUUCUACGUCGCCCACGAAUUGACAUUUGUUUAUCUCUUCGCCGAAGCGGCGCCUCGCUACGAUUACCAUUGGUUCUUCGUCUCAACCUCAUUCUCGCUGGCAGUAUGGGCAGUUCUUGAGAUAUUUUGCAUGUGGUAUACCAUACAGAGCCCCAAAGACCGCAUCGCCACCUUUUCGCCUCUCUUCGGAAAACAGCCGGCUACUUCGUCAAUCUUGACGUACACUUUCUUUCUGCAGCUCGCUAUGUUUGCACUGGUCUGGAUAUUGAUCGAGUUCCUCGGCGCUGGUAGCUUCAUGCUCACAGGAGCGCUCACCAAUGUCCUUCUGAUCAUCGGGCCGACACACGAGUACCUGUCUCGUGGGUCACGAAACGGUCUGUCGAUUGGGUUCUGUCUAACUAAUGUGGCUUGUGCCAUAUGGACGUUUGCCCCGUUCAGCUUGGGGGCCGCUGUCUUGCCUGAGAUCUUCGACCAGCCUAUCAUGUAUGUCGCGGGAGUUAUCUUGCUGGCGUAUUCGGUAUGGUUGACGACUGUGGUCGCGUCUUAUCCUCCCAAGACAGCUACGAAGGGACAGCCGACGCCAAUUUGGUAGGAUCUUCACAGAUUUGGAAAGGUUUUCAGUAUGUAAGCCCUUGAGAUUGCUUUCAUAACCCAUUUGUAUUCUGGUGCUGUCCUUGAGAUAACGCCGCGUCUUUGUUUCAAGUUCCGACUAUCUUCUAUAGAAUCACUCCGCUCCAGUAGCAUAAAUCCCAUCUUUAAUAAGCUGA